AUGGAAAUACCAGCCAGUCUGCUGAUGUCCUCUGGAUCUUUUGCUUACGUUGCUGUCAAAGCUUCCCUACAUGCUUCUGAAACGGCAGUUUUUGGACUUAACAAUGAUGAAAUGGGAGCUUUGUCUAAAAGAUUUGGGGAUUGUCAGAAAUCUGUUAUUAAUGGAAUAUCUCUGAAAGUACCACCGAUGCAAGUUGUUAAUGCAUUAGGUUUAUUGGGAUAUAGAGUAGUAGGAACUACUGGAGAAACUGAAGUUGUUUGGACUCUACAGAGAGACCUUUGAAGACUGCCAGAUUGACCAUAACAUUGGUCAUACCUCAAUAUUGAGGUAUGAUUAUUUUCACUCACCUUCUUUGUAGGGAUGUAAAAAUCCUAUUAAUUAUAGUAUAUUUUUCUCAAAAAAAAAUAUGAAACUCUUGAAUAAUCAAGAAAGCUUUUAUUUUUAUGGAACAAUUAUUUGAAAAGUUUUUUAGGUAGAUGGCAGGAAGAAAGUAAAAAAACAAAUAUCCAAAGUUUUUUAGCGAUUCAUUUUAGACAUUUGAAUUAGCACUAGAUGUGAUUAUAUUCAUUUUUGAAUUUGUUUGUUGAAAUAUAUAUAAAUAAUAUGAAUGUUUUUCAUAAUUGAAAGCACACAAAAUAUUUUAUCUCUAAUGCAUAGGAUGUACUUAUUACAUUAGAAAUGUAGUGAUCAA